UCUGAUGCGACAAGAGAGACUUAAUGCUUCACCCUGUAGGGUAGCAAGAAUUUGACUACAAGCUAGCUCCACAUUGUGACUCAGUGACCUUUGAGGAUGUAGCUGUGAACUUCAGUCUGGAGGAGUGGGCCUUACUGGAGCCUUCACAGAAGAAACUCUACAGAGAUGUGAUGAAGGAAACCUUCAGGAACCUGGUCUCCAUAGGUAACAAAUGGAAAGAUCGUAACAUGGAAGAUCAGUACAGAAACCAGAAGAAAAAACGGAGAAAUCAUAUGUUGGAGAGAAUCUGUGAAGGGAAAAAAGUUAGUCAAUGUGGAGAAAACAGCCUUAUUCCAAAUUUCAGUCUGAAGAAGAAAUCUCUUCCUGGAGGAAAACCAUGUAAAUGCAGAAUGUUUGACAAAGUCUUCCUGGAUCAUUCAUCCCAUAGUAGGCACACCAGGUAUCACACUGGACAAAAGUUCUCUGAGUAUCAGAAAUAUGGAGAGAAGCCAUAUAAAUGUAACAUAUGUGGGAGAGCCUUUAGUUAUCUCCAGUGCUUUGAAAAUCACGAAAGAACUCAUGAUGGAGAGAAACCCUAUAAGUGUAAGGAAUGUGGGAAAACUUUCAUGUGGCUCAAAAUCCUUCAAAGACACGUGAUCAAGCAUACUGCAGAUGCUCCUUAUAAAUGUAAGGUGUGUGCAAAAACCUUUAGUUCUUCAACUUCUCUUCAAACAUGUGAGAGAACCCACUGUGGAGAGAAGGCUUAUCACUGUAAAAAAUGUAGUAAAACAUUCAGGCAUCCCAGUCAGCUUCAAGUACAUGAACGAAGUCACAGUGCAGAGAAACCAUAUGAAUGUAGGAUAUGUGGAAAGGCCUUCAAAUAUUUCAAGUCCUUAGAACCACAUAAAAUGACCCACACGGCAGAAAAACCAUAUGAAUGUAAGGAAUGUGGAAGAGCUUUCAGACAUUACAGUUCCUUAGAAAUACACAAAAGGUUUCACACUGGAGAGAAAUCCUAUGAAUGUAAACAUUGUGGUAAAGCCUACAGUUAUCCCAGCUCCCUUAAAGGACACAUGAAAAUGCACACUGGAAAUACAUCUUAUCAGUGUAAGGAAUGUGGGAAAGUAUUCUCUCUGGUUAGGUCAUACCGAAAUCAUGAAAGGUAUCACACUGGAGAGAAGACCUAUCAAUGUGAAAAAUGUAGUAAAGCAUUCAUGUAUCCGAGUUGUCUUCGAAGACAUGAAAGAACUCACACUGAAGAGAAACCAUAUGUGUGUAGGAUAUGUGGAAAGGCCUUCAAAUAUUUCAGAUCCUUAGAGCCACACAAAAUGACUCACACAGGAGAAAAACCCUAUGAAUGUAAGGAAUGUGGAAGAACAUUUAGAUACUACAGUUCCUUAGAAAGACACAAAAAGUUACACACUGGAGAGAAAUCCUAUGAAUGUAAACAUUGUGGUAAAGCCUACAGUUAUCCAAGCUCCCUUAAAGGACACAUGAAAAUGCACACUGGAAAUACACCUUAUCAGUGUAAGGAAUGUGGGAAGGCAUUCACUUGCCUUAGUUUGUUACAAAGACAUGAAAGAACUCAUACUGGAGAGAAACCCUAUGAAUGUAAACAAUGUGGCAAAACCUAUAAAGAUCACAGUAACUUACAAACACAUGAAAGAAAUCAUACUGGAGAAAAACCCUUUAAAUGUAAGGAAUGUAGAAAAGCCUUCAAUUCUAACAAAAACCUUCAAUUACAUGUGAAAAGGCACAAUGGAAACAAACCAUAUAAAUGUGAAGAAUGUGGGAAAGCCUUCGUUGAUGGCUCAUCCUUACGAAGGCAUAAGAGGAUUCAUGAAUAAAAUCCGGUGAAUAUAAAUAGUGUGGGAAAGACUUCGGUUAUUCCUCUUCUUUCCGGAGACAUCAGAG